AUGGGCCCCUGUACCGCCUCCUCAUGCUGCUGCCAGGCCCGUAAUCUGCCAUGGGCCCCCGUACCUACUCCUCAUGCUGCUGCCAGGCCCGUAAUCUGUCAUGGGCCCCUGUACCACCUCCUCAUGCUGCUGCCAGGUCCAGAGUCUCUCAUGGGUCCCUGUACGGCCUCCCAUUGCUGCUGUCUCCAUCGCCACACUCUGCCAUGUGCCACUUUCAGGUCUCCUCACACUGCUGGUGGUUUCCAUUUUUGUCAUAGGGUGCUGUAUGGCCUCCCAUUGCUGCUGCCUCCACCGCCACACUGUGGCUCCACACUCUGGUUUUGGCCCCGUGACUGCCCAAAUGAGUGAAGUGUGCGGUGAUUCUAAGAUCGACGGCACUCAUCUGCAUGUCAUACUGACUGUCAGUAUUAUUUCUCUUCCCCAGCAGACUCCAAGGGCAUUUAAAUUAAAGGUACAGUGUUCUGCACUAAUAUAA